UGGCACUCUCCACUCCGGACCGUGUACAAAAAAAUCUGAGCUAGUGUGAACGCCCCCACCUCAUCUACUCCUAUAAUAUCCCUUUCAUCUCUUUCCUCACCCUCUUCCGUUCCCCUCAAAAGAAAAUGGUUCAGACCCUCUCCCUCACCUUCCUCUUCUUCCUCCUCUUCAUCUCAACGCAAGCCCAAACCCAACAUCACACCUUCAUAGUCCACGUCUCCAAAGCCCACAAGCCCGCCAUCUUCACCACUCAUCACCACUGGUACAAAGCCAUCCUCAGAUCAUUGCGCCGAGCCGGUGAACCGAAGCCCACCCUCCUCUACUCCUACGACCGCGUCGCCCAUGGCUUCUCAGCACGCAUCCUCCCCUCACAAGCCGAUAUCCUCCGGAACUUCCCCGAAAUCCUCUCAGUACGGCCCGAAAGAACUUACUCCCUCCACACCACCCGCACCCCCGAAUUCUUGGGCCUGAGCAAAGACCAGGGGCUGUGGCCCAACUCGGAUUACGCCAAAGACGUGAUAAUCGGCGUUUUGGACACCGGAAUAUGGCCUGAGAGACCAAGCUUUUCCGACAAUGGCCUCACAACAGUACCUGAAAGGUGGAAAGGGGUGUGUGAUUCGGGCGCCGGGAAAAUAUUAUCUGGUGAGUUUUGUAACCGGAAAAUCAUCGGGGCUAGGUGGUUUGCUAAGGGGUAUGAGGCAGUAAACGGGAAGAUUAAUGAAACAGAGGAGUCACCGUCGCCGCUAGACACUGAGGGUCAUGGAACACACACUGCGUCCACAGCGGCCGGAGCUCUGGUAUCGGGCGCCGAUUUUUAUGGAUAUGCUGCCGGAGAGGCGAGGGGCAUGGCCACAAAUGCGAGGAUCGCAGUUUACAAAAUUUGCUGGAAAACAGGGUGCUACGACUCUGAUAUCUUGGCUGCGAUGGACCAGGCGGUGGGCGACGGUGUUGAUGUCAUCUCUCUCUCAGUGGGUUCUUCGCAUCUGGCUCCUGAGUUUGACGAUGACUCGAUUGCGAUCGGAGCGUUUGGCGCUGCACGCCACGGCGUCGUGGUCUCGUGCUCAGCCGGUAACUCGGGUCCCGGCCCCCACACUGCAACAAACAUCGCGCCCUGGAUACUAACAGUUGGUGCUUCCACCAUCGACCGAGAUUUUCCGGCUGAUGUCAUCCUUGGUGAUGGAACUAUUCUCGCAGGGGUCUCUCUGUACACUGGCAACCGAUCGCCAGAGAAUUUUUCCGUCGUUCUUGCUGCCGAUAGUGGCGAUCGGCUGUGUCGCAAGGGUCGCCUGAUUCCGGCCAAAGUCGCAGGAAAAACGGUGGUUUGUGAGAGAGGUAUUACUGCGAGGGUGGCCAAAGGGCUUUCGGUAAAGGAUUCAGGAGGGGCCGCCAUGGUUUUAACUAACACAGAAGAGAGCGGAGAGGAGCUUGUGGCCGACGCUCAUCUCCUACCCGCCACCAUGGUGGGUCAGAUCAACGGCGACAAAAUCAGAAAGUAUGUUAGAUCGGCUAAUAACCCGUCGGCCGGGAUCCUUUUCAGGGGUACAGUCACCGGAAAAUAUGCCACUGCCGCCCCGAUGGUGGCCGCAUUCUCGUCACGCGGCCCAAAUUACAGGUCGCCGGAGAUUGUCAAACCGGACGUGAUCGCCCCCGGGGUCAACAUCUUGGCGGGUUGGACCGGAGCAACCGGUCCAACCGGUUUGGAAACCGACGGAAGGCGGUGGAAUUUCAAUGUAAUAUCGGGCACCUCGAUGAGCUGUCCUCACGUGAGUGGCCUAGCGGCGUUACUUAAAAACGCGUUUCCCCAUUGGUCGCCUGCCGCCGUUAAAUCGGCCCUCAUGACAACGGCUUACGAUUCCGAUAAUAACGGGAGCACCAUUAAAGACCUAGCUGAUGGCAAAGAAUCCACGCCGUUCGUUCGGGGAUCGGGCCACGUGGAUCCCAAUCGCGCGCUUGAUCCGGGGCUAGUGUAUGAUAUCAAGCCUGAGGACUACGUGGCCUAUCUUUGCGCCCUUGGAUACGAUUCGGUGAGGAUAGCUGUUUUUACAGGAGGGAAAAGCGUUGAUUGUCGGGUCGUGGGCUUUGCUAAAUCUGGGGACCUUAACUAUCCCUCCUUUUCGAUGGUAUUUGGGCCAGGUAAAACCGUGGCUAAAUUUAGCAGAACCGUGACAAAUGUGGGGGACGCCCGAUCAGCAUACGCGGCAAGCAUCAACGGACCGGAUUCUGUGAGGAUUCGGGUUGACCCGGAGAAGCUGGUGUUUUGUGCACAAAAUCAGAGCCUUUCGUAUUCCGUUACUUUUGAAUACGUGGAGGGAUAUUCACCGUUGGAUACUUGCUUCGGGUUGCUGACGUGGAGCGAUGGGCGGCACGAUGUUAAAAGCCCCAUUGCGUUUAGUUGGGAGGGGGCUCUGGCCUCUUCCUUUUGAAGUUGGAAUAUAUGUAUUUCAAUGUUUUAAUUUUUUUUUUCUCUUUUAUUUAGGUAAAUAAUUUUAUGCCUCCUUUUCAUCUGACAUGCUGUUAUUUAAGUUUUUUGAUAUUUUAGUGGGGCCUUUUGAGCUAAUGUCUACCCCUUCCUCAUGGAUUACUGAAAUUUAGGUAAA